AUAUUUUACAUCACUUCCGCCUUCAAACUUCACUUCCUCUCGGCCUCGGCUCGGUCUUUCUCUUUCCUCGCUCUCAAAACCGCCAUCAUGGGUCGUAUGCACGCUCCUGGCAAGGGCUUGUCCCAGUCGGCACUGCCCUAUAGACGAAGUGUCCCCACAUGGCUCAAACUGACAUCAGAUGAUGUUAAAGAGCAAAUCUUUAAACUGGCAAAGAAGGGUCUGACCCCCUCACAGAUUGGUGUGAUCCUCAGGGAUUCCCAUGGUGUUGCCCAGGUGCGUUUUGUCACUGGCAACAAAAUCCUUAGGAUCCUGAAGUCCAAGGGCUUGGCCCCUGAUCUGCCUGAGGAUCUCUACCACCUCAUCAAGAAGGCUGUUGCUGUGAGGAAGCACUUGGAAAGGAACCGAAAGGAUAAGGAUGCCAAGUUCCGCCUGAUUCUGGUUGAGAGCAGAAUCCACAGGCUUGCCCGCUACUACAAGACCAAGAGAGUACUUGCACCCAACUGGAAGUACGAGUCCUCCACAGCUUCUGCACUGGUGGCAUAAAAAUGCAGUUUUCGGACAAAUAAAACUAUUUGGAUCAAG